AUGAUGUUCAGGGCUCUAAUUCCUCAACUUCUCGUUUCUAUUCUCAUUUUCCAACUUGUUUGUACCGCUGUCCAGGUGAGUAAUCCUCCGGUCGGAUCCCCUCUUUCCCCAAAAAUAGAUUGCGAUGGAGCGUGUGACGUAAGAUGUGGUUUAUCGUCGCGGCCAGAUGAAUGCAAGAGGGCAUGUGGGACGUGCUGUGCUAGAUGUGGUUGUGUUCCACCCGGCACUUCCGGUCACUAUGAAGCAUGUCCUUGCUACUGGAAUAUGACCACUCACGGUGGAAGGCGCAAAUGCCCUUGAACUUGAGCUUAAACACACCGUCUUCUUCAUCAUCAUCCUUAUUUCAUUUUAUUCUUUCUUCUUCAGUGAUUGUGUUUACCUUGUUUGAUUUGAAUUUAUAUUUUCAAGAAAAUGGCAAAUAAUGGUUUAGCUAGUGUCUGUGUCCUAGAAUCAUAGUUGUGAGUUUUUCAAAUUUUAUAUUUUUGAUUUGGAAGAAUCAUUGUGUUGUUUGAUGAUCUAUGAAUCAU